UCAUUGUCUGCCCCGAUAACACCAUAUCAAGUCCCGAGAUGUUGUGAAAACGUUUCCAGACAUAUUGUAGUUGAGACGGGAUGCUGAAGGCGAAGUCACUAUGAUGUCGACAAUAGUAGCAGCCCUACUCUUCGCCUUCAUCGGCGGCGUUCUCGCACAGCGACCCAACAUUGUAUUCAUCGUCGCGGAUGAUCUAGGCUGGAACGAUGUUGGCUUCCGGAACCGUGACAUGCUGACUCCUAAUAUGGACAAAAUGGCGCGAGAUGGUGUGAUACUGGACAGGAACUAUGUACAGCCGCUGUGCAGUCCCUCCCGAAGUGCAUUUAUGUCUGCGGUUUUCCCCUUCAAAUCUGGUCUUCAGCAUCAAGUCAUUGGAGCUAAACAAUCAGUCUGCCUACCCCUCAACUACACCAUCCUCCCACAGGAGCUGAAGAAACUCGGCUACGCCACACACAUGGUUGGCAAAUGGCACCUGGGUUUCUGUGAGUGGGGAUGCACACCAACAUACCGGGGCUUUGAUACUUUCUUCGGCUACUAUAAUGCAUUGGAGGACUAUUACUUGCAUAAUAUUUCCGGGUUUUUAGACUUCAGGAACAAUAAGGAAGCGGAAUGGGAUUACCAAGGGACAUAUUCAGCGUGGGUGUUCACAGAGAAGAUCGUUGACGUCAUCAACACCCAUGACAAGAGCCAACCACUGUUCCUGUAUCUGCCCUUCCAGAACGUUCACGCCCCGACAGAGGUCCCCAAGAUAUAUGAAGAUAGGUUCCCACAUGUUGUGAAUAAGGGAAGGCGUGUGUUCAGUGGGAUGGUGAAUGCCCUUGAUGAAGCUAUAGGGAACGUGACUGACGCCUUAAAGGAGAGAAGGCUGUAUGACAACACGCUGUUCCUGCUCACAGCUGAUAACGGAGGACAGAUAUUCAACUACGGCAACAACUGGCCCCUGAGAGGAGGCAAGCACUCUCUGUGGGAGGGGGGUACGAGGGUGACGGCGUUCAUGUCGGGGGCAGGACUCCAGAAGACGGGCUACACGUAUGAUGGAAUGAUCCACGCUGUAGACUGGCUACCGACUUUGGUUUCCGCCGCCGGAGGAACGCCGGUGACAGACAGAGACGGGAUAAAUCAGUGGGACUCUAUCAGGAAUGGCCUCCCGUCCAAGAGAACCGAGUUCAUCUACAAUCUGGACUAUCUUGUCAUACCGACAGAAGGCCAAGCUGGCAUCAGGAUGGGCAAUUACAAACUGCUGCUUGGUUACCCUGGACAACAAGAUGGCUGGCACCGUCCCAUGAACAACACUGAAGAUGAUAUAUACGAAAAAAUAAUAUAUGACCUUGACCCUGAUAAAGUACAGUUAUUUGAUGUAAUAGCGGACCCCACAGAGAGACAUGACCUGUCCUCCCAACUACCAGACGUUGUUGCAAAGCUGAAGUUUCGCCUUCUGGAGUACCGAAAGCAGAUGGUACCCCCCAACUACCCCGACGCCGAUCCACAGUCCAACCCCAGGAAGUAUGGCAACGCUUGGACGCCUGGCUGGUGCAAACUCUAAGAAUGUGUCUCUUCAUAAUUCUUCAUGUCGCGUAACGAGCUUGAACAAGACGUACAAGCCUUCAUCAUCGAAAUUGUUUGCAAUCUGAAUUUACAUACAGUAAUCUACGGUUAUAACGAACUCAAAGGGACUAAAUUUAGUUCGUUAUAACCGUAGUUCGUUAUAAGCAUAUACAUAACAUGUACAGCAAAUGGUCAGGACAAACGAAUAAGUUCGUCAUAUCCGUCAGUUCGUUAUAAGCAUGUUCGUUAUAAACGUAGUUUACUGUACACGCAUGUUUGCUUGAUCAUAAAUCAGUGUGGGUUGCUUUAAAUGUUCAAUGUACUAACGGAGUGCCGUUAUAUGCGACUGUAGCAAUACAUAACAGCAGUGAUUUCAGUUAUCGUCUGUGGAUCUAUAAUUAAGUUACUUGCUAAAAUUGAGUGGGAAAUAAACGAACUGAAUAGGUAACUGGUAGUUAGCUCCCCUGGGGAGUGGUUGCAUUUCGCUUUGUCUCUCGUAAAAAAAAAAGAGAAAAAUAUUGACAUCGGAGCUUAGGCCAACCUAAUCAAGCACUUUGGCACAAAAUGGGUGUCCCUAUAGAUGUCUGGAGAGCAAGGAUCGGAUGUUUUGUACCGCCCCGAGGACACAGGCUGAUAGAGAAAAUCAAACCCCAAACAGGUUACGGAUGCUUCAAUCAAUGUCUCGGAUGGGAGAAGAGGUGGGUGUCUCUGGCAGAAUCAACAAUUCACCCAGGAACGAGGGGAGUUCGCGCCCCACUACCCGCAGUCAGGCUACCAGCUCUAGGGGCAGCACGCAGGACCGCACUACCUAGGGGUGUGGCCGGGGCCCAUACCAAGACACAAAGAUUUAAAAAGUGAUGACUCCUACAAUAAAACUCUUAUAUUGGAAUAUAUCUGGAUUGAUAUCUAAAUUUGAUGAUUGUGACAUUGUUUCAUAUUUAUAUUCAUUUGACAUGGUAGGCCUCACAGAGACGUGGAUUCAGAAGUUAGACUCCCAGAACAAGUUCGCUGAUUGUUUAUAUUAUAAUUGACCAGGUUAUAAGUAAGCAAAAGCAGGGAU